CAGGGUGUGGGGGGGUACCCCUCUACACUAAACUCCAAGGGUCUCCUUGGCCAAAGAUCAUUUGGGAGAGGUAGAGGUGUCCAACGGUGCAGCCAUCGGUGGCGCACUCGUACAAAGCUGGUGUUUUUUGCCCCUUAUUCCAAAAAGGGGAAAAACCCGUGAGGCCCUUGCGGGGCUGCCGCGCUGAGCCGCUAAAAAUCCAACAAACAACCAGCACCCACCCAAUCGAACCGCCUCAGUACAACCCAAGCGCCGCUCAAGCUUUUUCCAGCCCGGAGAGCACCACACGCCCCGGAGAGCCCUUUUAAUUCCAGCCACUAAAAAACGCUGCGGACGCUGCGCGAGGGAGCAAAAAACGCUGCGGAACGCUGCGCAAGGGAGCAAAGAUGGCCCUCACCAACCUCAAACGCCUGUUAGUAGCCAACCGCGGCGAGAUAGCCUGCCGCGUCAUGAACUCCGCCCGCGCGUUAGGACUCGACACCGUCGCGGUCCACAGCGAGGCCGACGCGCGCGCCAAGCAUGUAAAAUAUGCCGACGAAGCCGUCCAGGUCGGCAGCGGGUCGGCGGCGACGACGUCCUACCUCGACGCCGACGCGGUGUUGGAAGCGGCACGGGCGACGGGCGCCGACUGCAUCCAUCCCGUGCCUAGCGACGUCUCAAAACACUCUUCUGUGGCGCGUCGAUGGCGUCUGGGGGACGCUGGCCAUCGACGCGGUCACACCGGUCUGGACGACGCCACCGCGAGAGAGAAACAGGGAAAAUCGCGAGAGGUAGAAAACAAAAAAACAAACGCAGGGCUACGGCUUCCUCUCCGAGAACGCGGCCUUCGCGCGGCGCUGCGCCGAGGCGGGCAUUACUUUCGUGGGCCCGCCGGCCGCGGCGAUCGACGCCAUGGGCGACAAGGUCGAGUCGAAGCGCAUCGCGGAGGCGGCCGGCGUGAGCGUGAUCCCGGGCUUCAACGGCGUCGUCGAGUCGGCGGAGCACGCCGUCGCCGUCGCCGAGGACAUCGGCUACCCGGUACGUGACGCGGCGUUAGCGAGGGCGCCUUCGGCUCGACGGCGUGGAGGCAAGACACGUCGCGUCGAUGGCGUGCUGGUGGCGCAAGUCCAUUGCCCCACAAAAGCACGCCAUCGCCGCGACCGCUAGAGACGCCGCCGUCGGGAACAGGGGGCGCAGAAAGAAGAAAGCAACGACACACAGGUCAUGCUCAAAGCGAGCGCGGGCGGCGGCGGCAAGGGCAUGCGCGUGGCCCGCGACGCGCGCGAGGUCGCCGAGUGCUUCGCCCUCGCGACGGACGAGGCCAAAAAGAGCUUCGGCGACGACCGGCUGCUCGUGGAGAAGUUCGUGGCGGCGCCGCGCCACGUCGAGAUCCAGCUCGUGGCCGACGCGCACGGCAACGUGGCCUGCUUCCCGGAGCGCGAGUGCUCCGUCCAACGCCGCAAUCAGAAGGUCGUCGAGGAGGCGCCGUCGCCCUUCGUCCAUCAAAGGCCCGAGUUGCGAGCGAGGAUGCAGGCCGAGGCCGCGCAGCUCGCGACUGCGGUGGGCUACACGAGCGCGGGCACGGUCGAGAUGCUGGUCGACGCGACGACGGCGGACUUUUAUUUUUUGGAGAUGAAUACGAGAUUGCAGGUCGAGCACCCCGUGACCGAGGCCGUCUCGGAUCAGGAUUUGGUGGCGUUGAUGUUGCGCGUGGCCGACGGGCAGGCUUUACCAUCAGAACUAGUGGGCAGCGUGCCGCCCGUCGGCUGGGCCAUCGAGUCGCGUAUUUAUGCGGAGGACGCGGCGCGCGGCUUCGUGCCGUCGACGGGGUCGCUGACCGCCUACGCGAACCCGCCCGCGUCGAUCGAGUUCUUUCACGCGAGCGAUGUUCGAGUGGAUGCGGCCGUCGAGGACGGCAGCGAGGUCGGGAUUUUUUAUGAUCCCAUGAUCUCCAAGGUCAUCACGCGGGGCGAGGACCGAGCGGCCGCGCUCGACGCGCAGCGCCGCGCGCUGGACGCUUAUGUGGUCGAGGGUCUGGUGCACAACGUGCCGUUCUGUCGGGACGUGUGCAGUCAUGAAGCGUUUCUGAGCGGCGACUACACGACGGCGUUUAUCGAGGAGCACUACCCUGGUGGGUUCGACGAAGGGAGUGUACUGACAAACAUGGCUCCGCAAGAUCUGGCAAAGCUCGCUUGUUUAGUUCUUGGUGUUGACGCUGCUUCAAAAGAAGUGCGGGGCGAAUUACAACCGGCGGGGCCCCAGGUCGUUUUGCUGAGGACGGCGCGCGCGGACGCCGAGCUCGUGUUUGAGGUCGAUGGUUUUGAUGGAGCCUACACCGUUAGGUAUGAGGGAGAAGAACAUCAAAUUGAGCUUGAUAAAGCGGCCUGGGCCGCGCCGCUCGCGACGCCGCUGGUACUCAAUGACGGUGCGGUCGCGUGCCAGUACGUUUCAACUGAUGCGCGGCCGGGUUUUGAUCAUGCGCUGCGCGUGCGCGGCGUCCGCGUCGACGCGGCCGUGCGCACACCACAAACGCACGCGCUGUCAAAGCACAUGAAGCCAGCGGCGGCCGAGGCCGCGGCCGCGGGCCUCGCGUGCCCCAUGCCCGGCACGCUGCUGCGCUUCGAGGCCGAGGUGGGGGCCACGGUCGAGGCGGGCGAGCCGCUCGCCGUCGUCGAGGCGAUGAAGAUGCAGAACGUCCUGCGGGCCGAGGCGCGCGUCGUCGUCGACGAGCUCCUCGCCGACGUCGGGGACGUCGUCGCCGCGGACCAGAUGCUCAUGACGUUUGUGGUCUCUGACUAAUAUCUAGGUAGUGUG